AUGCCAGAGCUGUCUUUGUCGGUUGUCCCCUUCGAUGACCUGAACGUUAUCCAACAGUUCAUAGAGAAGGGACAAAAGCCGCAGCCGGCGCCUACACCUAGUGUCGCUACCAAACUCAAAGAUGCAGUUUUCCACAUUCCAGGUGUGCUGAGGUUUUUACCAGCGCCUGACCCUCAAAAAGAGUUGGAACAAGAGUUGUUGGCCCAGCGGAAAGCUGCGUCAAGCUUUCCUGAGUGGUAUAGCACACUGUUAAAAUUAGACGAGCUCCAGGGCAAAAAUGAAUGGAAGUUCACGGAAGAGCUGGACUUGUACGACAACGAACUUGUCCGUCGCCAUCUCGAAGACAUGAGAGCAGCUCGGGAACUGGGAAAUACCAAAUACCUCUUGUAUCUUAUCAGAACCCGAUGGGUACGUAAUUUGGGGAAUAUGGGGAGCAUUGCAUUAUACAGACAUCUGUUUGUCGGCACUAAAGUGUUGAUUGAGGAGUACAUCUCCGAGUGUCAGCGGUGUCUUGAGUACUUGUUGUCAAGUGGUGCCUCACAGGGAGACCUUGACGAUCGUUAUUUGCUUGGUAUGCUCGUACAAACACGCAAAAACAUUGGUCGUACUGCUUUGGUGCUUUCUGGUGGUCUGACAUUUGGCAUUUUUCAUUUGGGAGUAUUGUUGGCGUUGACCGAAGCUAAUUUGCUUCCUCGCAUCAUUUCGGGGUCGUCGGCGGGGUCAAUUAUGGCUCUGAUUCUUUGUUGUCAUGAUCAAGCUGACACCAUCGAAAUGCUUAAAAACAUCACCCUGUAUCGCUUUGAUAUUUUUGGAGACCUGAGUCACCCAAAUCCUGAAGAUUCCAAACUUCGGAAUUUACUCAAUAUUGUAUCUCACUUUCUCAAAUACGGUACCUUUUUCGAUACACUGGGACUUAAGCAAACCAUGAUUCAUUUUGUUGGUGACCUUACCUUCAGAGAAGCCUAUAACCGUACCGGCAAAAUUCUCAACAUCUCUGUCACUCCUGGUCUGAUUCACGAACAACUGACAUUGCUCAAUUAUUUGACGGCCCCAAACUGUUUGGUCUGGCUGGUGGUCUGUGCGCUGUGCCUGCUUCCAGGGGUGUUCCCACUGACUACAAUUUACGAGAAGAACCUCAAAACUGGUGAGAUUCAAGAAUGGAACAACGAUUUACUGUCGAAAUACGUUGAUGGCUCCGUUGAUAACGAUUUACCUAUCUCGAGACUUUCAGAAAUGUUCAAUGUGGAUCACAUCAUUGCUGUACAGGUCAAUCCUCAUGUAGCCCCUGUGCUUAAUUUGAGUGUCAGUUCUGUCGGGGGUGAAAUUGAAAACGAAACUCUGUACAAGUUGAAACGAUUCCUCAAUAACGCUUAUGAUUUCGUUGCCCUGGAGGCAAUCCAUUACUUUCAAGUGCUCAGCGAGUUGGACAUUUAUAAGAAUUUGUCUAACAAGGCGAUUGCCGUGUUAUCUCAGCAGUACAUUGGGGACAUUACUAUAUUCCCCGAAUUCAAACCAAAUGAUUUUGCUCAAGUGUUCACCAACCCAACUCCCGAGUUCAUGAUUGACUUCAUCAUUCGUGGUGCUAAGGCGGCUUGGCCUAAGCUUACGGUGAUUAACAAUCACUGUAGCGUUGAAUUUGCACUCGACAAAGCCAUUAUUGAGUUAAGAGGUCGCAUCAUCACGCUGGCUCUGAGGCUUCUCAUGGCUCCAGUUGAUCUGCCCACACACCCACACCAUCGGCAUAGUAGAUCGACUCAGGGUAUCAGGGGAAUUUCGAAGAACAAACUGUACCAAAGCUUGCUGGCUGAAGGUGGAAAUGUGGCUGCUCGUGAUGAUAUUGAAGUUCAGGAUAAGCCCAGCGUGGUUCGUCGUAACACAACGCUGCUGCUUUCCACCAGAAAACGUUCCCGCUCUCAACAACCGAACAAAGGUUCGAUAGUGUCCAACUCACUUAGGUCCAGUCCUCUGAAAUUUCGCAAUGGUUCGUCCAUGACCAAUUUGGCCCGAGAGCUCCUGAGAACAGCGUACGGGGAAGCUGAUGACGGAUACGAAGAGUAUGAGCCACCACGGCUGAUGCGUCAUAGUCGAAGUCUGAGUUCGAUGCUGAAACUUGCAGACCGCCUUCGAAGUAACUCUCCUCACCGUACCACACAAAGGAUCCCAUAUCUUCACAAUCCCUAUUACGAGAAACUGGAAAAGACUUUCCGUUUGCAUCUGGAUUUGCCUCUGCCGCAAGGGUUGAUGACCAUGCCUAGUUCAACACGGUUAAAGAAUCUGUACAUUGGUCUCAAUCGUCUUAAGGAUGGACUGCCCCUGCCACACCCAGUACAAGAUCAGGAGGCAUUCCCACGGGGCCAAAGCGGGUUGAAGCUACCUGCCAAUCGGCAUUCAUUUCAUGACAUGCUACUUGCUUCGGAUGAUGAUACCCUGAUUCAACCGUAUGUGGGCGAGCAAGGCGUGAAUGGUGGUUAUGAUUUCUACGGUCUGGUAGAUAUGUCGCAAGAGCCCUCCAAAAACUUGCGGUUCAAAGAACUGGCCGACACCGAUUCUACCUCAAGCACUGACUGUGUUCAAACGAAGGAUGGAGACGGCGAAACGACAGGCGAAGACACUACCGUGGGUGAUGAGGACGAAGAAAAGGAAGAGGAGGACGAUUUUGACGAUUCAGGAGAAGAGGUGGGCGACAUUUCUGAGUCAGAUAUACCUCGUCGAGUCAUGAUUUAA